AUGGUGCCGAAGCUGUUCGCGGCUGCAUUGCAAUGGAUAAUGCAAUGGAUAAUGAUGAAUAAUCACUUUCUUGGGAAAAAAAGGGACACAAGUGUUGACGAAAGACUCCUCUCCAGCCUUCAUUUUGCGGAAGACAUCGUUCUCUUUUCGAAAAGUGCCAGUGAAGCAGAAACGAUGCUCAAUGGACUGAAUGAACUAGGGAAGAGAAUAGGACUGCGAAUAAACAGAAAGAAGACACAGUUCAUGACGAACCCCUACUGCGAAGACCGAGGAGUACAACUUGAAGGCUUCCAAAUCUUGGAAACUCCGUAG